CGCGCGCAAUUCCUCUGAGCGGGCCACACCGAGGUGCAUGGCCCCAUCCUCUUCUGUCAUGAUGAAUCCUGUGCAGGGGUCGCCGUCCCAGGUCAAGCAGCUUCACCAAAAGGAUGAGACGGAUACAGAGGGCGAGGAGCCUCAGCCGAAAGACAUGACCACCGAGAAAGGAUACAAACACCAGCGGAGCAGCCUCCCGUUCAGCGUUGAGUCGCUCAUUUCCAAGAAGACUACCUGUCGGACUUCUUAUUCCGCCUCAGAUUUGACUCUGGCGCUGCCGAAGGCCGCUGCGGGGCAAGGCGCGCAGUCUCUCCCAAGGACUUUUUACGCGGAGAGGAAAGAGUCAGCGGAGAACACGCAGAGUGUUUCCAGUAACUCCAGCGAAGACAGCGCGCAGUUUUGUGAGAAAGAUCAGAGCACUUGGUUCCAGACGUCCUCCUUCUCCACGCCUCCGCGGAGUUCAAGUCCCACUCCGUGCACUCUAAGGAAACAUAAAAACAACAGGAAACCUCGCACGCCCUUCACUACCUCCCAGCUGCUGGCGCUGGAGCGCAAGUUUCGCCAGAAGCAGUACCUCUCCAUCGCCGAGAGAGCCGAGUUCUCCAACUCUCUCAACUUAACGGAGACUCAGGUCAAAAUAUGGUUUCAGAACAGGAGGGCCAAGGCCAAGAGACUGCAGGAGGCCGAGCUGGAAAAGUUUAAACUGGCCUCCAAGCCCGUGCUGCCAGCCUUCGCGCUGCCUUUCCCCCUCGGAGCGCACGUGGGUUCCCCGACCUGGGCUCCGUCUCAAACGCUUCCGAGGCCCAGUCCGGUCCCGGGACUGUUCAGUGGACCCGUCACUUAUGGAAUGUACUAUUUGUCUUAGUCUUUUUUUCUUCUUCUUCUUCUCUGCGUGCGUAAUGCAUGUGUGCGUAUGUGCGUUUGAUCAUGGAUGCAAUACACUUACGAAUGAGGAUGCUGCAUCUCUCUGC